AUGUUGAACGACGUUAAACUCGCACGAGUGGGACCAAACCGUCACGAUUCGAGGAUUACUGUUAAAGUGUUAAAGAUCUGGGAUACAAUUCAUGUCGACACCGGUGAAGGGCUCAGUUUCCUCUUUCUCGAUGACGAGGGAACGAAGAUGCAUGCAUUGGUGGAAAGAAAAGAUCAGCAUAGGAGAUUUAGGAGACUACUUCAUGAAGAAGAGUGGAAGACCAUAUCUGGUUUCCAAGUUCGUACAUUUACUCCAUGGAUUCGUUUGACCAAACAAAGGAAAGAGAUUUUCCUCACUUCUGAGACACAAGUUGAUGAUGCUGACGCCUUUGAUGGUUUUAUUCCGUUGGAUCUAAUUCCAUUUGGAGAUGUUACGCUUUGGAGUUCAUGCUGGAACUGUUUAUCUUAG